GCACUCCAUACCAUCGAAAAUGUCGUCAAACGGAGGAUACAAUCUAACUGCCGACGGUGAACUUCGGUAUGUCGUUCAGUGGUUCGGAGAGUGGAGUGAUUUCCAGCGGGAAGAUUUCGUACCGUACCUGGUGGCUUACAUAUCGCAGCAAGCCGGAGGUGCGGUGUACGUGAACGGACUCAUCAGCGCAAUGGCACAGAUAAAUCCCGGCCAAGAUAAACCGAUGAGCUUGUUUCAAUGCCGGGUAAAACUGUUCAACGAAUGGUGCAUCAAAUGGCCGGAAGAAUUUAAAACUAAACUGCUUGAGCGACUAGACCAGAUCGAUAGCACUUUCGGCACACGGGUACGCACCGAGCUGGACACUAUCGGCACGAAGCCGAUGAAUGGUUGUGCGGAAGAAAAUGGGACACAACUGACAAAUGCCGAAGCGAUGCGAGAUUUGGAGGAAGAAUCGGAACCUGCCGCAAUGAUCGUGAAUGCUGAGCCUGUUAUAGUGGCACCCAAUGCCAUUCUCGUUGCAGAUGAAGACUAG